CCCAUACACCCAUACACCCACCCACCCGCCACCACCACCACCACCAUCAGCAGCAAAAUGGGUCUGUUUCACGGCGGUGCCAAAUGUCGGCUACUGUUUAUGCUAUCGUUGACCACUACAUUCUUCUUGAUUGAAAUAAUUGUCGGCUAUAUAACCAAUUCGAUGGCAUUGGUUGCCGAUUCGUUUCAUAUGUUAUCGGAUGUCGUAGCGCUGGUUAUUGCCUACAUAUCGGUGAGGAUGUCACCGAAAAAGUGGUCAAAAAAUACGUUUGGCUGGGCCCGAGCGGAAGUGUUGGGCGCAUUGAUUAAUGCCGUAUUCCUGUGUGCCCUGUGUUUCUCGAUUCUGGUCGAAUCGUUGAAACGAUUCUACGAUCCCGAGGACAUACAUCAGCCGUAUCUGAUACUGGCUGUCGGCGUUGUCGGACUGGUGGUCAACUUGAUUGGCUUAAUGUUGUUCAAAGGUCAUGGACACGGCCACAGUCACGGAGGAGGCGGAGGACAUACUGGUAGUAGUAGUAAAGGCGAUGGUAGUAGUAGUAGUAGUCAUACACACAAUCAUCACCAUCAUGUGCCCACUCAUGAGGAAGAUGAAGAGGAUGAGGACGACGAUGAGGAUGACAUCAAUGAUAAUCAUCAUCAGCAGCAGCAGCAGCAUAUGGCCAGCACUGUUGAUACUACCGGUACUACCAGUGCUACUGCUAAGCCAAUCGCUGAGACAGCAGCAGCAGCCAAACUACCUACCAGUGCCGCUGCCGACAGUAAAAACAAAAAACUCAGGCCAUCAACAACAACCAAAACCAACACCACUACCACCAACAACAACAACAACAACAACAACAAAUCCCAGAGCCAUAGCCACCAGAGCAGCAGCCAUAGUAGCCGAGGCCAGAAUAUGAAUAUGCACGGCGUAUUCCUUCACGUAAUGGCCGAUGCUCUGGGCUCAGUGAUUGUCAUCAUCAGUGCAUCCAUCAUAAUAUUUACCAAUUGGCAGUACAGCCGCUACGUUGAUCCAGCAUUGAGUCUGAUAAUGGUCGGCAUUAUUAUGCGCUCCACUUGGCCACUGUUGGUCGAGUCGGCUAUGAUUUUGUUGCAAACCGUGCCGACACAUAUCCAAGUGGAUAGUCUACAAAAAAAAUUGCUUAACGAAAUCGAUGGCGUACUGGCCGUCCACGAGUUUCACGUCUGGCAACUGGCCGGCGACCGUAUCAUUGCUUCGGCGCAUAUCCGAUGCCGAAAUCUGGUCGACUAUAUGGCUAUUGCCGAAAAAGUUAAAGAAUUUUUCCACAACGAAGGCAUCCAUUCGACUACUAUUCAGCCCGAGUUUGUCGAACUGUCCGGUCAGAUACCCGCCGGCGGCGGUAUCGGCGGCGGCAGCGGCCGUAACGAUGACGGCAGCGGCCGACUACACGGCAACGACGACUACUACUACUACAACAAUUAUGACGAUCGGGAUCGGGAUCAUCAGCUCCGGGAGGAGUACGAAGCAGCGGCUGCCGCUGCAAACAACUCGUGCUACUUGAGCUGUCCAACUGAACAGCGUACCAAUUGUUUGGCCCAAACGUGUUGCGGACUUCAACAGCAACAACAACAACAACAACAACAGCUGCAGACAACCAACAAAAGUAGUGCAGCCGAUAGUGGCGUUGGACAGCAAUUAUUACCACCACCUCCGCCGCCGCCGCCCCAAACAUUGGUGAUCACCAAUAAGGCCGUCGUCGCCGCCACUGACGAUAAUGUUGUCGAUCAGUUGCCGACACCACCGCAACCAGUGUUGAGACGCAAUCGCAAGAGUCCUACCGGUGGUGGUAAAGCCGGCGUCGGCAGCGGUAUUAUCGAUAUCGAGGCCAACGACAGUACCGAUACUAAGUCGUUGAACGAGUUUUAUUCGGUGGCCAUAUCUAUUAUGGGUUCGGGUUCGGGAUUAUCGUCGACGUCGUCCGGCACCGAUGAAAAAGAUUCGGGUGUUUAAUAAGUGGUCAAAUUUUUUUUUUAAAAUUAUUAAUUGGUUGUUUAAAAAAAACAAACAAACUAUCAGUGUUUAUGGUGUGUGUGUAUGUGUUUUGAGGACAUACCGGCACACACACACACACAUACUUACCGGU